CUCUCCCCGCUACGGCACCGUCGGCACAGGCGAGCGAACUGCUUCGAGUUCUGAGGAAGGAAGCGGCGGCGCGCGAGAAGCAUCGCGAAGCGGAGAAUGGGGGUGCCGCUCUGCCGCCUCCCGCUCCUCCUGCUCCUCGUCCUAGCCCUCUCGCCGCAGGGGACGCGGUGGCCGGCGGCAGCCGCGGCGGCGGCGCGGCGCAUCGCGCCGCUGCCCACCGCCGCGCUGCGCCGCCUCUACGACACCUCCAACUACGGCAGGCUGCAGCUCAACAACGGCCUCGCCCUCGUGCCCCAGAUGGGGUGGAACAGCUGGAAUUUCUUCGCCUGCAACAUCAACGACACGCUCAUCCGCGAGACAGCUGAUGCGUUGGUCUCGACGGGGCUGGCUGCUUUGGGAUACAACUACGUAAACAUCGACGACUGUUGGUCCUAUGUGAAACGGGGAAAUAAGGGUCAAUUGCUACCUGAUCCGAAGACUUUCCCUUCUGGAAUCAAAUCACUUGCGGACUAUGUGCGCGGAAAAGGUCUAAAACUUGGUAUCUACUCUGACGCUGGGGUAUCUACUUGUCAAGUUCGACCAGGAUCACUCCAUCACGAAAACGAUGAUGCUGCCCUUUUUGCUUCAUGGGGUGUUGACUAUCUAAAGUAUGACAACUGUUACAAUCUAGGAAUACCACCAAAGGAAAGGUAUCCUCCAAUGCGUGAUGCUCUAAAUUCAACUGGGCGCCAGAUAUUCUACUCUCUAUGUGAAUGGGGCCAGGAUGAUCCAGCUUUAUGGGCUGGAAAAGUUGGAAACAGUUGGCGUACAACAGAUGACAUACAGGAUACAUGGAAAAGCAUGACUGACAUUGCUGAUAAGAACAACAAGUGGGCAUCAUAUGCUGGACCCGGUGGAUGGAAUGACCCGGACAUGUUGGAAGUUGGAAAUGGUGGCAUGACCUUUGCAGAGUACCGUGCACAUUUCAGCAUCUGGGCACUCAUGAAGGCGCCUCUCUUAAUUGGUUGUGAUGUCAGAAAUAUGACUUCAGAAACAAUUGAAAUAUUGAGCAACAAAGAAGUAAUUCAAGUAAACCAAGAUCCUCUUGGAGUUCAAGGAAGAAGAAUUUUAGGGCAAGGAAAAGGUGGAUGCCGUGAGGUGUGGGCUGGCCCCCUCUCUGGCAACCGUUUGGCUGUUGCUUUAUGGAAUCGUUGUUCGGAGACGGUUAAUAUCACGAUGACAUUGCCAGCUGUAGGCCUUGAUGGUUCAUCUGCCUAUUCUGUUAGAGAUCUGUGGAAGGAUCGUGGGGUCUAUGAUGCCUGGAUAAACCACUGUAGAAGAACCAAGGUAUAUGCCAUUGUGGUUGCGGCAUAGAGCUGCCACUGCCCGCCUCGCCUGUUCCUUGCUAUGGUUCCGUCCGCAUUCAGCUUGACGACGCCCACUUCUGGAGCGAAUCUUCGCUGGGUUUGACAUGGGUCCAGCCGGCCUCACCACUGUAGCUGAAAGCUGCUCCAGUUCUGUAAUAAAGUUAUUCAGGAAAGGUAUGGUCUGUUGUGGACUCUGGAAAAUUGCCAGUUCUGUAAUAAAGUUAUUCAGGAAAGAUAUGGUCUAUUGCGGACUCUAGAAAAUUGCCUCGUAUAUCGCUUUCCGCCGUGCAUACCACAGUGCCCACAAGGUGACGGCCAUCUUGGUGAACUUUGAGUGAUCCAACGAACUGUACAGUUCAAACAUCCAGUUUUUACAUCCAGUUUUUAGCACUAGGCUCCUCAAACUCUGCCAUUUUUGAGACUAUGUCCUCAUCAGAUAGUGCCCACACACACCUCGCCAUAAUGCAUGAUAUUAAUGCAUGUCUGCAUGAAUCCUGGCAACCACACAGGGGGCACGCAUCCUGGAGGGCCAUGUUUCGGUUUGGGCAGCGAAUGGCGUGCCAGCCUCCAUGGAAUUUUUUUAAUCUUCGAAGGCAUUGACAUCUUCGACAACGCAGUCCAUGCUUUCUCAUUUUCUCUUGUCGAUGUCCCACUUCUCCCCUCUAACCAUUCUUCACGCUGCAUCUUUGUUCUGAUCAAAAAUCUGUAAGCAGAGCUAACAGUAAACCCUCCUUUCUUCUCCGGAUACCAUGCCGAAAAGUCAUUCGUGUUGCAAGUGCAAACUGGAAUUUUCAAAAUAGCGUCCGCAUCGAAAGGGAUGAACACUGAUCGGAUGAACUCCUCAUUCCAUGACCCCGUCGCAGGUGACAGUAGCUCCGCCACUUUCCUUGGGGGAUCAUGUACAAGGGACGUAAUCGGUCUCGGUGUAGAUUCUUUAGGAAUCCAGUUGUCCGCCCAUAUGUCUGUAGUAUGACCAUGACCAAUCCACCUGAUGAUACCUUUGCUUCAACACAUCCCUUCCCUUGAAUAUAGGGCGCCAAAUCUGUGAUGGACGGGACCCAAGCUCAGCUUCAAGUAAUGUCGUUUCCGGGAAAUGACUCGCUUUGAGUAUUCUGGCACUCAAAGAUAAAGGCUCCUAAAAACUUCUCCAAGCCCGUCUCGCCAAUAAAGCAAGGUUAAACAGCUCUAGAUCUCUGAAUCCAAGUCCUCCCAAAAGUUUUGGUCUUGUCAUCAUAUCCCACGAGACCCAAGCCGGUUUCCUCUCUCCUUGCCUGCACCCCCACCAAAACUUUUGGAUUGUAGACUUUGUAUGAUCACAUAAACCUCUUGGGAGUUUGACACAAGACAUAGAAUAUACCGGGAUCGCUUGGACUAUAUAGGUUUGAUGAGGACCUCCUUGCCGUCCGCCGAUCAACACUUGCUCAUCCAACCUUUAACUUUGUCCCAUACCCGAUCACUUACAUAUUUAAAGGUUCCAUUUUUCGAAUGCCCUACAUCUGUGGGCAUCCCAUGUACCUGCCACUCAAAGAUUCAUUAGGGACAUGAAGGAAACCCUUUACUUCAUCUCGUACUAUCUCUAGGGUCCCCUUGCUAAAGAAAAUCGAUGACUUUUUGCUGUUUAUUCUCUGUCCCGAUGCCAUACAAUAUGACUCCAGUAGGUUUAAUACUUGCUCUGAAAAACAGCAGGCUAUCAUCCACGAAUAAACGAUGGUUCACCAGCGGAGCCGAUGGUGCCACCUUAAUGCCGCCGAGCAGGGAUGAUUGAUUUUGUGAUUUCAAACAUCUCCUCCUGAGUGAACUCCUAUUCUUUUUUUUGCUCCUAUUCAAGUGUCAAGAUGGUGGCAUCGUUUACAAGCUUUUGGAUGAUCGCGCUCAGGGCAGAAUCCAUCCAUAAGGGCUCAUUUGGUAGCCCAUGAUCCUGCCGGGUUCCCCGUCAAAAACCAGGGUGCAGAGCCCACCAGGCAAAGCGGCCCGUGGAAAACCUGUCACGACAUUUGGUGGCUCGCUCGAUGGGUAUUUUCUGCCCCGAUCCCUAGCAUUUCCCCGGGUGGGAGAUCCAGGCCUAGAGAGAUCGGGACAAAAUCCACGUCUGGCGCUCUUUCGAGGCGACGGCGCGAGGCGCACCUACCGAUUUCCUCCAGAGACUAUUCUAAGUGCUAUGCCUCCAAGACCAUCAGCCCUCCAACGACAGAGAUGGGUCGGCAGCCAUGCUUUCCUUUCCACCAAGAUCUCAAUGGACAGAGGAAUCUCUGUCGAGUCCCGGCGUUCAUCUUUCUCUUCAUUCGACAAGGUCCUUUCUGGACGUGAUCUCCUCCCCUGCCAUCCAAACUGAUGUGGUGAUCUCCCGUGAUGGGAGAAGAGGAUCCCUGAUGGCCAUGGAAAUCGCCCCUAGCGGGAUUCGAGCCCUGGGAUAGUUUCCUCUUGCAACCAAAUUAGGACUAAACCGGGAGGAGAAAACUUAGCUAUCCUAGCUAGUUCGUGAGCUACUUGAUUACACUCUCUAACACAGUGUUCAUAUAUUACAUGCAUGGUUGAAAUCCAAGGACAUAAAAAACAAUCAUCAAAUAUGCACUAGCAACUGAAGAUGAGUAGCCAUCUUUCAAAGCCUCAAUCACCUCAACGCUGUCUGAAUUAAUUUCGAUCUUGGUGACGCCCACUGUACGUGCAAGGUUCAUGCCAAAUCUGACCGCGGUAACCUUAGCCGUGAAGGAAUCAAAGCAUAUAUCAAUCUUUUCAUUAGCAGAAACAAUAAACUUUCCUAUGUGGUCUUGUAAAACUGCUCCAACUGUUCUCUCUAGAGUAUCCACAUCAUAUCCAGGAUCAACAUUUAACUUCAUAUACCCAUGUUUGGGCUUCAUCCAAGCAGCCACUCUCCGCUUUUCUUUCGGACUGCAUGAAAUGAUGAAGUUUGCCGCAAGACUUCUAACUUCCACGUUUAUUUGGUCUGCACCCUGAGUUGGUUCUCCUUCUCCAUGUGUUAACUUCCUUCGCUCAUACCACAAAUACCAGGUAGUAGUGGCCACUAUUUCUCUCAACUUUGGCAAAGCCAGUACGUGAAUUCCUUGCUCGACCUUACAAAGCAAGUUUUGUAGUAUGACCUCACCUUCCCUAAUCACGACGCAUGCUUUCUUAAUAAUAUCUCCCAAACCAACCAAUUUCCACACAUCGACCGUCAGCUUGCACUCGGACAAGAAAUGUUUAAUUGUAUCAGGUCCAAGUUUGCAAGCAUUUUGAGAUGCUUGUUGGCUAGUACCGAACGACACGGGAUCGUGCUGUGAAGCGCCCUCCAGAUAAAAAUCUUUAUCUUUGUUGGACACAAUAAGCUUCAAACUGAAUCCCAGUUGUCACUUUGGGUAGACGUACGUUCCGUAUUCCGUAUCUUGUGUCCAAAUUGGGACUGCCAUACCACAUGAUAGGCUGAGCGCACGGGUAAACAAUCUUGUUUUAGUAGCAUUCCAUGCAAUGAAGUCUCUCAUUUUAUGCAAAGGAAGGGUAUUGCAAGGAUCCGCUGGGCAUCCAAAUCAGUCUCCUGAUGCAGGAUCUAUAUGAUCACUCACACGAGUAAGAAGAUUGUUACACCUGAUUGUAGUCACCUUCAGUGAUGGAGAUUGUGGUAUCCAUUCAUCCUCCCAAAAUUUUAUGUUCUCUCUAUAUGCCCAAGCUUCAAAGUUUCAACACCUGCCAUAAUGCUUUGCCAAGUAUACGAGGCUUUGCUUUUGAACUUGACGCUCAUGAGAUCACCGUCUGGAUAAUAUUUCUCUUUCAAAAUGGGUGCACAUAGAGAAUCUGGAUUAUCAAUAAGACGCCAAGCUUGUUUAGCCAACAGUGCAUGGAAGUUGAGAAAGAUGCCCCCGCUGAAAAACGGUUUUGCUAAAAGUGUUCUAAGUUUUGCACAUCUAAGUCAUGUGUCAUUAAUUUUAUGCGAAUAUUCCUGUGGGUAUUUUUUUUCUUUUUAUACAAUAACUAGUGUGCCCUAGACAAACCCGCUGAAAAAACUAAAUCUAGCGGUUUCGUGAGGUAGCGGUGGGCAAUCCAUAUUCAUCAAGAUUGGUGCAGCCGGGUCAGGUAUGAACAUGAUAAGUCUAGUGGCAAUGGUCGCAGUGGCGCACCCUGCGCGCCCAGGGUUUGACUCCCGUCGUGAGAGGAUUUCUGACGUCUCAUCCGGGUGGGCUCCUUUGGUGUCCACGAAUCUCAUUCAUUUUUUUACACUUGGAAACUGACACAAAUCAGACAGUGUCAACCUU